GGACGGAGCGAAAAGGAGGCCAGUUAGGCCAGCGGCGGCAGACGAGGAGGUACUAGUGUGGGUGAUGCCUGGCUCGGCGUGGCUUUUACUAUGCUAGAGGAACCCUGCCGUUGAUGUUCCCGCUUUGCUCUGUGGAUGAUAGUCAGUCUGAUGAAGUUAUAGUGCAGUGAAAGACUGUGCAUCGAGCGCUUGAAUCAUGAAACCCCUUUGUUUCCGCCGGGCCCGAAUGCGAGGCACCAUCGUGUACCUCCUCACAGCACUGUUCUACUCGGCUCUCCUGCUGCUGAUGCUGAGCCACUCUGGCCUGGACUUGAACAGCGACUCCAUCACCUACAUCACAUUUGGCAGUACUGACCAAGACAAGAAGAAUGAAGUGGUGUUCUUCAUCAUUCUUUGCGAAGGAAAUGCCCAGCGGGAGGAGGCGUCAUCCAUUGCAAGGCAGCUGCGCCAGGCGGCCGUCAUGGUCAAGUCUGCUGCUGCCCUCACCUCCACAACCCUUAGAUAUCUGGUGGUGGCUGACUCGAAGGAGCUUUACUAUAACUUCUCUAAUCUGACGUCAGGGUGGCCUGUGGAGUACCAGAGGCGUGUAUCAUUUGAGUGGUAUCCCGUGUGGUACCCAGAGGACAGGGAGGACAUGCGGUCAAUGUUCAGAACGUGUGCCACAGAGAGACUCUUCCUUCCAGACAUGUUUCCUUCUGUUGAUGCUGCAAUAUACGUUGACACUGACCUGAUAUUCCUGAGUCCGCCUGAAGACCUGUGGGCGGAAUUCCAAAAGUUCGAUGAAGUGCAGGUAGCGGCGAUGGCUCCUUGCCUCUAUCACUAUGGCUCCUUCAGAAAUAAAGUACCUUUCUAUGGUGACACUGGCCUCAACGCUGGGGUGAUGCACAUGAACCUGACCCGGAUGAAGGAUUUCCCUGGGGGAGGAUGGAUUGCUGCUAAUAUGAAGGUUUUUGACAUUUUCAAGAAAAGGAUCAAGCUGGCAGACCAAGACAUCCUUAACAUUCUUUUUUACAAGUAUCCUGAGUACCUGUUUGAGUUGGGCUGUGAAUGGAACUACAGGAUGUACCAGUGCUCAGAUGGAAACAAGUGUCCUGGUGCUGCCAGGUCAGGGAUCUCCAUUCUGCAUGGCAAUGCAAUGUCUUUUGUGAAGGGAAAUGAAAUGAAACUACAAACUGUGUUUGAGGUGUGGGAGCAGCAUGAGCUGGGGAAGCCACUUACCAUUCUACUGAGUGAGCUGGAGAGGAAGCUGAAGUUUGUGUCUUCCCAGCACCUCCCCUCUAAAUGUGUUCGCACCCAUAACAUUGAUGACAUGCUGACUAGAGCAAUCAAGAAACAUAUCUUGUAAAGAGCAUGUGUGUGUGCAUUUAUUACCUAUUUAUUUAUUUAUUUGUAACAUAAGUGAGAGGAGUUAAGCUCAUACUGUCCCAUCUCCAUAACUGUUUUUAUCCAACAUUAAAGUUCUUUACAGUCAUGAAUAUUUCUAUUUCUAGCACGCACCACUUCCCCUCCAGUCAAUUCCAUGGCUUCAAUGCUUCUAUGAGAGAAGCAGGUGCCUGCUUUGUUUUCUUCUAUGUCCCUCAUUUCUCUUUUGUUCAUUACAAAUAGGUCUUCCCUAUCUAGUUUGUGCAAUCAAGUCACCUCUCUCAUAUGUGUGUGUGUGUGUGUGUGUUGUCAGCUCAACAAGUUGGCCCCUUGAACAGUGUGAUAUGACAGACUAUUCUAGAAUAAAGAGGCUGAUUAUGGGGGGACCUGAACUGCAGGCACACUAGUUUAUUUGUUCUUAUCAGAAAGGUGAGUAAUUGUGUACUGAACUGAAUGGUGUGCCCAAUGCAGUAUUGGUAUUAUUGCACAAUGCAACUAAGAGUAUAUAUAAUCUAGCUGUGAAAUGCAUUAAAGUUUCCCCAAGUGCUUAUGGGUUGAUUUAAAUAGAGGUGACAUUUUGCUGCACUGUUAGAUAAUCUGAGCUCCAGUCUUAUUGUUCUUUAAAGAAAAAUAAGAGUGGCUUCAAUAAUUUAGUGUGUAGAACAAUUAUUUUUAGACAUGUGAUGUGGAUAUGCAGAGAUUGAACCUUUUAGAAGGGGUGAUACCCGAGUAACAAUUUUUUUUCCAAAUUUUAAUGUCAGUUCUAGUGAGGCAGCUUUUUACUGUACAAAUGUAGCAAUUACAGGGGGUUAGAAUUUUCCAGUUUACUAAUUUAUUUGGUAUGGUGUCCUUUUUAGAAUUAAAGAUCUCCAACAUGCUUAGUGUGAAAGCACAAGAACUACAUUCCAAUAGGGAGUGGUCUUUAUGGGGGUUGCAUAAACUGACAUCACAAGUUUUCUAGAGAUUUAGUGUGGACUUCAGGUUUAAUUUUUGGUUUACUUAUACAAUGAAUCUAAUCUGAUAAUGAAAUUUUAAGCUAGUGUGCCAAUUAAGAGUCCCAGAUCAGGAUGAUUGUUGGUGUGAUCUUAGAUUGAAUUCUCCAUAUUUAAAAUAGAAUAUUAUCUGAU